AUGGGCCUACUAGGCCACAUACGCAUUCACAACUGCAGCGUUAACCGUGAUGUCGACACAACCAGCACAUAUCACACCCCCAACACCAGCUCUAGCCUCCCUCUUUCAUCGCCUCGCCAUCCCCAAGAUUUGGAUCCACCUUCAAGCACGCCGGGAAACACCAGAUCGGAGCAGAACAGCGGUGGUGGCGGCGGCGAAGGAGGUUGCGGUGACGGCUGCAUCAAGGUGUCUAAUAUGAAGAAUUUUGCGGAGGAUGUCGACGUCAGUGUGCUGGAGGUUUGCUGCCGAGGCGGCGACCGGUUCGGUGCGGUCAAUUGCGGUUGCUGA